CCUGCUUGAAUCCACCCCAAAGAUAUUUGAAGACAACAAGGAUCCAUGCUGCACAUUGCAUUGGGCGACUGCAAUGAUGCACAGGCCGCUGAAGGAGACAGCUUUGUAGGUAAUCAUCGCACCUCAUCUCAUUCAAUUGAACCGAUCUCUAUUUGCACCUACAACUACCAGAAGUGCUUCCAACAGAACUUUCCAUCUAUCUGCCAACUGCUCUUGUGGGCGACGGUUUCAUGAGCAUUUCUAGCCAGCCCCGAGCGAAGAGGGCCGAUCGCCGACGCCUGUGCUGAGCUGAAGCCAUCCGACAUCGAGACCAACACGAAGAUGCUGCAUGGGCAGUCUCGACUUGCCCCAAUCGAUUCCGUUCAUGAGCCAUCAAUUUUCUUUGCAUCUUGAGUGCUGGCAGUCAUGGACGCCUCGAGAGGGGGCUACCCGAGGGGCCGUGAGUUAAGCCGCGCAGAAAGGUUCGAGGAGGAGAAGCGGCGCAUCGUCGACAGUUGCUUCAACAAGACAGAUGUCGAUGGAUCAUUACUUGAAACAUACAUCACCCACAUCAAGAUCACCGAAUACAGCUCCCAUCCGUCUUCGCCGCCUCCUCCAGAAUCCAGAACACCGCAGUCCGAAAAGCCGCGAGUCAUCAUUGUUGCGGUCCGUAAGUCAGGGCGUGUUCGCAUGCACAAGUCCAAGGAGAAUGCGAAUGGCACAUUUUCCAUCGGAAAGACAUGGGAUCUGAAUGAUCUGACGGGUAUCGAAUCUUUCACUGGCACAACCGCCGACGCACAGAAAAGGCAAUGGGCUAGCGAUACAGGGUUCGUUAUCAACAUCGGGAAGCCUUACUACUGGCAAGCUCAGGCCGAUAAGGAGAAGAAAUUCUUCAUUGCCAGCCUGAUCAAGAUCUAUGGCAAAUACACUGGUGGUAGAACACCCGACUUGAUCGGUUUUGAUCCUCGUGAACUAGAUCAGGUUCUUGGCUCGCGAAAACCAGCUGGGCGCACUCCCCCGGCGUCCGAAUCGAUGCCGUCACGUCCAGAGCCACUGCCGGGCGCUCCAAGCAACGUUUCUCUCGCAUCCAACACCGCUGGUACACAGGCAUAUCAACUACCUUCAAGGCCACCUGCAUCUCCUGCUCGCAACCUUGUUCCACCGACCGGUGCCUCGGCUUCUCCAUCCCCCAGUGUUGAUUCGGGCCGUGUGAACAACCAGGCGGCACCACCACUUCGUCGGCUGGCCGCGAAUAAUAAAAGUCAAGACUCUGUUGCUGCGUCCUUCUCAACCGCGAGGAGUGAUGAUGCAAACAGCUUACCGCCCCGGUCGAGAGGAGGGAUGAACGGACCAGGCGCACUGGGCAGAUUUGGUGACACGGCAGCAGAGCCGCCUCCACCUCCGCCCCCACAAGCUCAGGCUCAAGCCCAGCCGCCGCAGCCCCAAUCGCAACCUCAACCAGCGGCAGCACUAGACUUGCCCGAUCGAAGACGCCCUCCCAUGGACCCCGGCAGACCUCAGGGUUCCGUUGAUAGGGAUCUGGUACCCGCCCCAUUGAUAAGUCCGGGAAUGAGACGGGAACCCCAAUCACGGGAACCCCAACCACCACCACGAAGUAUGGAGAGAAUGUCCCCUAGGAAAAACUCAGUUGGCGCCAGAUCAGUAGCCAGCUCACUGAGGGAAGAACUUUCGACAGCGCCGGAACCCCCUACACUCGCUCCUGCCCCUGCACCUGUAACUGUGCCUGCUCCCACGCCUCCUCCGCUGGUAACAAAUGGCGACACUCCUUUUGCCAGUGCCGUGUCGAGUCCACCGCCAGAAACAACAGAGUCUCCGGUCGAGGGCCCCAUCGAAUCACCUGUGGACAGCCGCCCGGGUCUUGGCCCCAUGAUCAAAGCCAAGAAAUCCAAGGGAGAACUUGCAGGCGCGUUAUGGAAAGCCGCGUCGGCCGCAGCGGUUUUCAAACCACGCCCAGGUGGCGCAGGUGAACGAUUACGGGAAUUGGUACGUAAAGACAGUGCGGAGGGCCCAGAUGGCAUCACGAGUGUCGUUCCGGCACCAUCUCGGCCGACACCGAAGCCUGAAACACCCAAACUUGUCGAGCCAGAGAAAUCCUCCGACAGGAACUCUGGCUUACCCGAAGUCAAGAUCACAGUUCCCAAUUCUAGCCGCCCAAGUAGUUUACAACUAUCGAAGGAGAAGAGGAAGAGCGGGGAAUCUGUCAAAAAAGCGGGCGACGUGAAGGACACUAAUACCUCUGGGAAUGAUGGCAAGUAUCUCACUACACUCGGCGUAGAUACUGGGUUAUUGGACACCCAGACGACUGAGUUCGCCAAGUGGCUUGACCAUUUCGGCUGGGUGCCUGGUGACAAGAUGCGAACCCGCAACUUUGAAGAGAUGAAAAUGGACAUUGACCGCGAGCUGAACAAGGCCCAGGCAGGGGGCUGGGUUGUACGAUUUCAAGAUGAAGAUGAGAGGGUAGACGCGAUCAAGCGGGGACUUGACCUCGCCGUCAAUGAAUGUGAGGAGCUUGAUAAUCUUCUCACAUUAUAUAGCGUCGAAUUAUCCACGCUUUCAGAUGAUAUCGCAUAUAUAGAAGCACAAGGUCAAGGUCUCCAGGUGCAAGCUGCAAACCAGAAACUUCUCAAAAAGGAGCUUGAGUCCUUGCUCGAUACUUGCGCUAUUCAGGGCGAGGAUCUUCAAGCCCUUGAGGUUGCUCCCCUAGAUUCCCUGUCUGGGCUUGAUGAAAUCGAAGGGACACUAGUCACCUUGUACAAGGCGAUGAUGAAAAUUGACCCUACCAUGGAUGAGGCCAUCAAUAGCGACGCUAUUUCCAGUGACCAACAGUCGGGUUUCAAUUCAGACUACGGUCAAAUGCGUAUAGUGCAGGAGAAAAAGGUCCUGUACACUGCUAGUAGUGCACAAUUCCUGAAGCGAUUCGGGGAAUUUAUGGAUCGGCAAUUUGAUCUUGCAGCGCGAGAAGUAAAACAGUCCUUGGAUGGAGCUCUUUCCAAGAAAGUCGACCACAAACACCACGAUGUUGGUCGAGAACUUCUCUGGCGUUACAGUCCACUCAUGGUCUAUGCCAGAGAUUUGGACCUUACUGGAUGGAAUACAUUUAUCCAAACAUAUCAAGGCAAAAACUUCCCUCUUUACAAAGAGGAAUUCAGGGAAGUCGUUGGCGCCUGGAGGCGAAAUGCCAGGAAACCUACGGGCGAAGAGGCCGAACUUUUAUUCACGGCGCAUGCAGAGAAGCAGCAAGAAAGCACCAUGGCGACGGCGCGAAAGCUUACCGUCAAACGAAGUCAAACUUUGGCAAGGAGUUUGCGCUCCCCGUUGGGCGAUGGCAGUAGGACAAACCCCGAUAAAACAUCAGAUGGUCGCAGUCUCCCAUACGAGGUACUUGCAGGUAUUGUAGACGACUUGCUUCCUCUUGUGGAGAUCGAGCAAAAUUUUAUCAUCGACUUCUUCCAUGCCACUACCUUGGAGAAUAUCGAUUUCCCCGAAGCAGUGGCGGCUACAAGGCCACAAGACCGACGCAGUGGCGAUCUGAGACGGCAUAGGCUGAUGGAACCCGACCGAGAGCUGGCUAGGCGAGUCACUCGAGCCAUGGAAGUCAUAUUCUCUUUCCUGGAACAGGAUCUCCAGAGCUCGGUGGAUUGGGUUUUGUUCCAAGACCCCUUACAAGGAGUUGGUGUGCUCGCGAUUCUCGAGCGGAAACACUCAGAAAUGUCCCAAUCUAACCAAGACUUCUUGAACAACGUCCUGCAGAAAUUACACAGCAAUCUUGAAGCUCGCUUCUCCAAGUUUGUCGAGGAGCAGAUCCGCGCCAUAGAAGAUACCAAAGUCAAGAUAAAGAAGCGCAAGGGCAUUAUUUCAUUCUUCCGCGUAUUCCCGCAGUUCAGCUCGGCCAUCGAGAAUAUGAUGUCUACUGCAGGUGCAUCAGCCAAUUCGACGGCACGUCGCGCUGUCGACCGUGAAUACGAUCGCAUCAUCAAAUCCAUGUUCGACUCACUUAAGGUGAUUGCGCGAGAGAAUCCUGCGACGCUCACUUCGAGCAGCGCGGAUCCCGAAGACAAAGAGGCACUGAACUAUCACAUCUUAUUAAUCGAGAACAUGAAUCACUUUGUCGAAGAGGUUGACACUCACAGCAUCGAGAUCCUCGAGGACUGGAAGGAAGCAGCAAGCAGUGAACUGGCGGAGCACAUGAGCCUGUACCUCAAUGCCGUCAUGCGCCGUCCACUGGGCAAGCUUCUCGAGUACCUCGAAAAUAUUGAAGCGCAGCUCACAUCCGGAAAGUCGGCGCCCACAAUUGCCGCUCAGCCGUCGAAUUCCAAGGGCACAUUCAACAAGGUGUUGUCUGGAUACGACGGACGUGAAGUCAAGAAGGGCGUUGAGGCACUGAAGAAGAGGGUCGAGAAGCACUUCGGCGAUGACGACGAACCGAACAAGAGCAGAGUGCUGGUGAAUCGCGCGUUGAAGGAGUGCGAGAGGUUCUACGGCGAUAUCGAAAUCAGGAUCAGUACGGUGACUGCGAGCGUGUACGGUGGCGACGUACUGUUUGAGUGGCCUAGAGCGGAGGUUAAGAGCGCUUUUGCGGGUCGGUAGUGCGUGAGCGAGGACUCGCUGGGGGUUUCUCUCAGGGGAAGGCGGCAUGACGGUGUAUAAACGUUGUAUACUGGAUAGGAAUGAAUGGCAUGAUUGAGGCUUCAAGAGUCAUUUGGUUCUCUUGCGGAGCGCUAGUGUAAGAUGUAUUGACCACUUGCUCAUAUUCUACUUAUGUGGCUGCCAUUUAUCGAGUGUGUUAUCCUGUCGGCAGAAUGCGCAGCGGGCAGUUACCGCGCAACGCGAUGAGUACAACACCACUGCAGGUUACCUUCCUUAUAGUUUCUUUGGAAGCUGAACAAGGUGUUGUGGGUUAUUUUAGGGCAUGCCCACUUCCAUGGCAUAGGUAGUCUUACAACUCUCAC